GUCGAGCCUGUGGGGUUGAGAAGAGGAGGCGGAACUAAAAACGGAACCAAACUUUUCUGGUUUAUGGGAAUGUGAUAAGGUUCCUGAUGCUGUUAUGUUAUUGAAGUCACUGGCACUGAGUGCCUGCACUCUAACAAGAGCUGCUACUUUCCUCAAAUCUGCACCAGUGGGCGUCCAGGAAACUGCUCUCCUUCACAUCGCAGUGAGGAAGUCUUCCCUGGUGGAACAAGCAAACAUGAGGAUUGAACUUGUACCAGCUCUCAGUGACAACUACAUGUACCUGCUGAUCGAUGCGGACUCCAGAGAAGCAGCUGUUGUUGACCCCGUCGAGCCAAUAAAGGUUGUGGAGGCUGUUAGAAAACAUGGCGUAAAACUCACUACAGUUUUGACUACUCAUCACCACUGGGAUCAUGCUGGGGGAAAUGAGAAGAUGGUGAGGCUAAUGCCAGGACUUAGAGUCUAUGGAGGAGAUGACCGAGUUGAUGCUCUCACAAAGAAAGUCUCUCAUUCCCACAGUUUCAAAGUUGGAUCACUCAAUGUCAAAUGCCUUUUUACACCAUGUCACACGACAGGUCACAUCUGCUACUAUGUGACAAAAGAGAAUUGCAGUGAACCACCAGCUGUUUUCACAGGGGACACACUGUUUGUGGCGGGUUGUGGUAAAUUCUUCGAGGGCACAGCAGAGCAGAUGUACAGAGCCCUGAUAGAAACUCUGGGACGCCUGCCUCCUGAAACACGUGUGUACUGCGGUCAUGAGUACACGGUCAGCAAUCUGAAGUUUGCUCGUCAUGUGGAACCAGACAAUGAAGUCAUUCAGAAGAAGCUAGCAUGGGCAAAGGAGAAAAGCAGCAAUGGAGAACCUACUGUUCCGUCCACUUUGGCAGAUGAAUUCACCUUUAACCCCUUCAUGCGAGUAAAAGAGAAGUCUGUCCAAGAACAUGUAAAGCAGACCGAGCCAAUCGAGACCAUGAGAAGUCUCCGCAAAGAAAAAGAUGGCUUUCGUGUGCCCAAAGAGUGACUCCCAAUUCUUUCAUGCUGACUGCAAGUUAUGACAAUACUCAAGAAAGUAUCUGCAAAUCCUGUAUUCACUUUCAGUUAAGGAACAAGGUUUUGACCUCUCUGUUCAGCACUAAUGUGUUCUGGUUGUUGUUGUUUUUGUAUUUCUUUUGUUUGGCAGCGUUAAGGAAUAUAUGGCCAUAAAUUCAAUGCUUAAAAUUGGCAACAAUUUUUUUAAUUUCUUCAUUUUUUUUUUUUUUUUUUUUUUUUUUUUAGAAUAUACGUAUCUAAUAUUAUUUUGUAAUAUAUUGAUGUAUAAAAUUUAGUCUUGUUGACGUUGAAACAAAACAGGGCACUCUUUCUUUUAUUCAUUUAUUUUUAUAUUUCCAUUGCAGUUGAACUACUUCAGCAGUGCUACUUACACCUAAAUACACCAGACUCCUCUGUUAAAUAUUAAGAUUUUAUAACUUUCCCUGGUAAUUGUUGGCGAUUAACCCACGUGUUUAGGAUUGCACACAUUUUAAUUUAGGAAGUCUUUUUAACUGAUAUACAGUUCGGCCUUGUUCAGCUUGAUUCUUGUGUCGGGCGUCUCUUCCUGUGACGGCACUCUGACCAAUCAGUGGCCGGCAGUCUGGCGACCAGUCUGUCACACAUAACAUCACCUCAACUUCUAAGUGGUACCGAGCCGGUGGAAAUACGCCACAAACAACUUGUCUAAUUUAGCCUCACGACCACAGGCAUGCCAUGAGACCUCCUGGAACCUGGAACUCCCCAACGAUUGUAGUUCUCAAAGUUGUUCUGUUCCACCUUGAAUCAGCCUAGCGACUGUUGUUAGGACACAUUCAAGUUACAAUGAGCAUUGCCCACAUUGCACAGAAGUUAAAUUGCUGAGUUUCACCUCAAACUUUCAGACCUGAAAAAGUCUGAAAGAGGUGAAACAUCUUCAGGAAAUCUAGUAGUCCAGUUGCUACUGAUUCAAUGACGAACGGGAUUCUCAUUAACCACAGAAAGGUUUUGCUCGUUUAAUUGGAACACAUAUGUAAUAAAUCCAUGUAUUACUAUAAUAUAAACAUACUCAUGUUCAUAACACAGGUAAAAUGUGUUACUCUUGCCUAAGAUGGUGGGAAUUCCAUUUCACAUUAAGCGAAGGCCUGAGUGCAGUAGUUAAACAUCAAAAAGGGAGGUCAACUUCGUGCCACGUCGAGAUGAUUACAAGACGUUCUUGUAGUGUCCACAAAUGACUUGUGUUUGAGCAUUGACAAUGUUUGGAUUUAUAAAAGACCAACUUAAUUUAGCUUUUAAUGCUGAAAUGUUGCUAUAUUGAUUCUGGUAUGGUAUAAUAUUGCUAUGAUAAUGUUGUAAAUAUGAAAGCACAGGUACAGUACUUAUGGUCUAGUUAUUUCUUAAUGCUAUUCACAGCUGUCAGUUUGAAAAAUCCAAUGUUCAGAAUCCUCACUUCUAAAUAAUGUAUGCAGUUCAUUCACUUAUGUCUUACUCAAUCAGUAAAUUUGUUGAAAUACUGCUAA